CAUGAACUCCCCCGCUCGCACUGCCCGCGGCUCUGCAGCCACUUCGCGAGUCCAGAGAUGACUUUGAGCUGACUCGCCGAGGGACGCGACCCCAGCUUGCUAUGGAGGAUGAAUUUUAAGAUGAAUAUCUACUUUGGCGAUACAUCCAAUACAUCAAUACCGGGAUAUUUCAAAGGCUCUGCACUAAAUUAUGGCAAUUUUUCUGCAAACAACUCCAACGAGACAGGAAGCGACCUGAAUUCACCUGCCCUGGACACCAGCAGGGCGAUCAUUGUGGGGCUGAUCCUCGGUGCUUUUAUUCUCUUUGCUAUCAUAGGCAAUAUCCUGGUCAUUCUCUCAGUGGCUUGCAACAGACAUUUAAGAAUCCCCACGAACUAUUUCAUCGUUAACCUGGCCAUAGCAGACCUGCUGCUGAGUUUCACUGUCCUGCCGUUCUCUGCCACGCUGGAAGUGCUUGGCUACUGGGUUUUGGGGAGGAUAUUCUGUGACAUCUGGGCAGCAGUGGAUGUGCUGUGCUGCACAGCCUCUAUUCUGAGCCUGUGUGCCAUUUCCAUCGACAGAUACAUCGGGGUCCGGUACUCCCUGCAGUACCCCACGCUGGUCACCAGGAGAAGGGCGAUUCUGGCUCUCCUGGCUGUCUGGGUCCUGUCCAUGGUGAUUUCCAUCGGGCCCCUGCUGGGCUGGAAGGAGCCGGCCCCGCAGGACGACAGGGAGUGCCGCAUCACCGAGGAGCCCUUCUAUGCCCUCUUCUCCUCCCUGGGCUCCUUUUACAUCCCCUUAAUCGUCAUCCUCGUCAUGUACUGCCGGGUCUACAUCGUGGCCAAGAGGACUACGAGGAACCUGGAAGCUGGGGUGAUGAAGGAGAUGUCCAACUCCAAGGAGCUGACCCUACGGAUUCACUACAAGCACGUCCACGAGGACGCCUUGAACAACACCAAGUCCAAGGGCCACAACCCCAGGAACUCCUUAGCUUUCAAACUUUUAAAGUUCUCCCGAGAAAAGAAGGCGGCCAAGACGUUGGGAAUCGUGGUUGGCAUGUUCAUCCUGUGCUGGCUCCCCUUCUUCAUUGUCCUGCCCCUGGGAUCCCUGUUUUCGGCUCUGAAGCCCCCUGAAACGAUCUUCAAGGUGAUUUUCUGGCUUGGCUACUUCAACAGCUGCUUGAACCCCAUCAUCUACCCCUGCUCCAGCAAGGAGUUCAAGAGGGCCUUCAUCCAGAUCCUGAGGUGCCAGUGCCACCGGCGCAAGCAGCUGGGCUGGUGGCCCUACAGCUACCGCACGUGGAAGCGCUG